AUGAGGAAAGAAAGUUUGAGAUGCGGUCGGUUCAAGGAGCUGGCGAUCUCGGCCGAUGUGCCAGUGACGUCCACCAAGUCGGAGGUGUCGGCUCUGUGGAGGGCGUUCGCACAACGUUGGCUGGGACUUUGCCAAAAGCACGAGACCGUGCGGAAGCAAAUUUUGCACCCUCACACGGGCAACUUCGAGCCGGGGGCGAUGACGUUAGUUCUAGGCGAGCCGCAGUCCGGCAAGUCGUCGCACAUGAAGAUCCUCAGCGAUCGGUUCCCCCUCACGAAGAGUGCGUUCACGUGGAUGGCCGAAUCACGUACAACAGCGAGGACGCGCCAGCCACAGCUCGUGACAUCCCCGCCGCUGGGUACAAGUGGCUGUACAACGUCAUCUAAACCCCGCUACACCAUGGCGAUCCCCCUCACGUCGAUCGCGUUCAAGUGCCCGACGGACUUGGGGUACCACGACUUAACGAACAUCUAG